UUGCUCUUCGAUGUUGACCGGAAUCCCGUUCUGCACUCAGUUCUCAAAACUCUCUUCUACAGACAAUUCUGCGCGGGAGAGUCGCCAGAAGAGACUAAGAACACGAUGAGGCAUCUGAGAUUUAUGGGGUUCCGUGGCACAAUUCUCACUUAUGCUAAGGAAACCGUAUUCGAUUCUAAGACCAACACCGCCCACGGUCUUGGUAUCGAAGCUGAGGAGGAGUCCAAGUCGGGAAGGUGUUCAAACAUUGAGUCCUGGAGGAAAGGAGCGUUGGAGACUGUGGACUUGCUUGGAGAUGGAGACCAGCUGGCUUUGAAGCUUACCGGCGCCGGACAAAAGGUGACUACAGCUUUCGCAAACGACGAGAUGCCCCCGCAGCAGAUGAUGGAUGCUCUUGACGAGGUCUGCAUCCGCUGCAAGGACCGCGGCAUCCGUCUGCUGCUCGACGCCGAAUCUCAACACUUCCAAUGGGGCAUCUUCAGAGCUGGUCUCGAACUCAUGCGCAAGUACAACCGCGACGGCUACGCCACAGUCUACCAGACCUACCAAGCAUACCUGAAAAGCACCCCGGCAACUCUGGCUAAGCAUCUCGAACUGGCAAACAACGAAGGCUUCACGCUCGGCUUGAAACUCGUCAGAGGCGCCUACAUCGGCUCCGACGAGAGGUCCCUGAUCCACGACACCAAGCAGGACACCGACGACGCCUACAACAUGAUCGCCCAGGGAGCCCUCAAGCGCCAGAUCGGCGAGUACGGUGCCCCGGGAGGCAAGCCGUUCCCGUCCCUCAACCUCUUCCUCGCCAGCCACAACAAGCACAGCGUCGUCACGGCCCACAAGCUGCACCAGCAGAGGAUGAAGGACGGCCUGCCGACGGUCCCGGUCGGUUUCGCGCAGCUCCAGGGUAUGUCGGACGAGGUCAGCUUUGCGUUGCUGCAGCUCAAGGACGGCUCGGACCCGUCGCCGCAGGUGUGGAAGUGCUCGACGUGGGGAAGCAUGGGGGAGUGCGUGGCGUAUCUCUUGCGUAGGGCGGUGGAGAACCGGGAUGCGGUCUCGAGGACGGUGGACGAGUAUGCGGCGCUGAAGGCGGAGUUGGGCAGACGACUGCGCAACACGGCCACGAUGGCAGAACUGAAGGACAUCACUUUAUGCAUCCUGGGUUGCGGAAACCUAGGCAUUCCCAUCUUGAAAGCACUGUACGAUGCUUCGAACGCCGAGAAUUACACACUGCCCAUCACCAAAUUCAUUGCAUGUGUCCGGAGCGAACAAUCAGAGAAAUCCCUGAAAGAAAAAUUCCCAAAUGCCGGAGAGAAACUGCGAGUCUCGAGGGGAGACAACCUCGCCGUUUUGAAAGAGUCACAAGUCGUCAUCCUCGGAGUUGACCCUGGCGACGUGGAGUUGGUUCUUUCUCAACCCAAUACCGCCGACGCCUUGAAAGACAAGCUCCUCAUCAGCGUUGCCGCGGGAUGGUCCAGAGGAAAGUUGGAAGCAACCCUGUAUGGCAGCGAGACUACGGCCGAGAAUACUGAGGGCAGAGCUUGGGUGGUGCGGACUCUUCCUAACAUCGCCGCGAUGGUGUCCCAGUCCCUCACUGCGAUCGAAAUCUCGGAUCCCCCGGUCCCAGCCCCCUAUAUGGAACUCACUGAAGCUAUCUUUGAGAGGAUAGGAAAAGCGGUUAAGAUUUCACCGAAGCUGAUGAACGCUACCACCGCGGUCGGAGGGUCCACUCCGGCAUUCUGGGGCGUUAUUUGCGACGCGAUGAUCGAUGCCGCGGUUGCGGUCGGAGUGCCUAGAAAUCUGGCCUCUACUAUGAUCUUCCAGUCCAUGUUGGGUAGUGCGACUCUCAUGCAAAAUGGACUGCAUCCAUCUUUGUUGAGAGAUCAAGGUACCUCACCUGAAGGAUGCACAAUUGGUGGCUUGAUGGUUCUGGAGGAGGGAGCUGUUCGGGGGCACAUUGGAAGAGCACUUAGAGAAGCGGUUACUUUGGCCAGGUUGAUGGAAACACAAGAUCACGUCAAUGACACAAGACGUCCGUAG